AUGACGCAUUCCAAAAAUCAUCGAGAUGUGCCAUCAACCAUUCUACCCAUAACGGAAGCCCCGACACUUCAAUUUAACUUUCCAGCUAUAAAGCUCCUGCAACCUGAAACUGAUUAUGAUAUAAGGAGUGAAUCAGCAGAUGAGGAAAAUAUGGAUGUAAAUGUAUAUAAAUAUGAUAUUGAUGAUAUACAAAAUACUUUUUUAUCAACUAUUAUAUCAUAUCCGAUUUAUAGUGUACGGUGUGCAGCUCAUACACUUCAGCUGGCACUUCAAGAUGCUAUAAAAUUAUCACCUAUUAUGGAAACCAUUGCAAAAGCUAGGAGCCUAAAUUUAAAAUUAAGACAUCCCACUUACCAAAAGUUAUUAAAAAAUAUGAAACUCCCUAAGCCUGUGUUAAGCUGCCACAGAUGGCAUUCAACCCAUGAUAUGUUAGAAAGGCUGAUUUUACUAAAACCCAAUAUCGAAGAUUUUUUUACAGAGCAAUCUGAUUAUUUAUUGACUGAAGAUUGGAAAGAGAUAAUAACGAUUGUUGAAAUUUUAAAACCGCUAAAAAUCGCAACCAAACAAUUCCAAUCUGAACAGUUAACACUGACAGAUUUUUAUGCAGCAUGGUUAAGAUGCUGCAUCGAACUGGAAAAAAAUCCAAACCAUUUUGCUCAAUUACUAUAUUCUUGUCUUAAGAACAGAGAAGAAAGGUUUAUAAAGAACGAAAUUCUCUUAGCUGCCAUAUACCUGGACCCAAGAAUUAAAAGCUUAGUAUUACUUAGUGAUGAUGAUAAGAUUUGUGCGAAAAAACAUCUUGUCAAUUUAUGGAGACGAAUUAAAAGCUUAACAACGCCGAUUUUAUCUGAUGAUAUUAGUUCCGAUGAAGUUAUUGAACAAGAAGAGGAUUUAGAGAAAUUGAUACAACUUAAAGAAAGGCAGGAGAAAAUACUUAAAAGAGGGCCAACGAUUGCUGAGAAAAGUAUUGGAACAAUAAUUACUGGAUUUAGCGAUUAUAAAAGAUUAGAUAAGAAGGAAAAUAUUUUGCAUUUUUGGGCCCUGAAUUAUAUAUUUUAUCUAAAAUCUUAUUUGCUGUUCCUGCAACCCAAGGUUGGCGUUGAAAGAUCUUUUUCACAUUUGAAAUUCAUUCUUUCACCACAUAGAUCGAGGAUGAGUAAACAACUCUUGGAAGAUAUUAUGCUAAUAUGUCUAAAUAAAAUUUUUAAAAUUGAUACAUGA